AUCUCGACAUCUCUCUGUACCGAUGUGUCAAUGUCCUUCUAUACCCGCAGCCUCACACCUGUCCGUACCUGUGCCUCAUGUCCAUCCAGGCCCGUCCCCUCACACCUGUCCGCACCUGCGCCCGUACGUACCUCCCCGGCGCGGCCCUCACCGUGUCGCCCCCACAGGUUCUGGACGAGCCACGACGAGCGCUUCCUGUACAUGCUGAUGGAGUUCGUGCCCGGCGGGGAGCUCUUCAGCUACCUGCGGGCCCGCGGCCGAUUCGCCAGCAACGCGGGGCUGUUUUACUCGGCCGAGAUCAUCUGUGCCAUCGAGUACCUGCACUCCAAGGAGAUCGUCUACAGGGACUUGAAGCCCGAGAACAUUCUGCUGGAUAGAGACGGCCACAUCAAGCUCACCGACUUCGGGUUCGCCAAGAAGCUGGUGGACAGGACAUGGACCCUCUGUGGGACGCCCGAGUACCUGGCCCCUGAAGUCAUCCAGAGCAAAGGCCACGGGAGGGGCGUGGACUGGUGGGCGCUGGGCAUCCUGAUAUUUGAGAUGCUCUCGGGUUUCCCUCCGUUUUUCGACGACAAUCCGUUUGGCAUCUAUCAAAAGAUUCUCGCCGGCAAAAUAGAUUUCCCCAGACACUUGGAGUUCAACGUGAAAGACCUCGUGAAGAAACUCCUUGUCGUCGACAGGACCAGGCGCCUCGGGAACAUGAAGAACGGGGCAGACGACGUGAAGCGGCAUCGCUGGUUCCGUGCAGUGGACUGGGAGGCCGUGCCCCAGAGGAGGCUGAAGCCUCCCAUCGUGCCCAAGGUGUGUGGCGAGGGCGAUACGUCCAACUUCGAAGCGUACCCCGAAAACGACUGGAACACGGCCCCUGCGGUGUCACCCAAAGACCUGGAAGUCUUCAAGAACUUCUGAGGACAGGAGUCCGCCUCUGGGAAGAAACUGGAAGAGUGGAGCCUGCCUGGGAAAGACGCUGCGUGGAUGCAGAGCCGGAGGAGCGCGUUCUUGCUGUGUGUGACAGGGACGGCGCCCCACUUACGCACUGUCGUUUGAAGACGCGGUGGCCAGCGGGCCUCCUGGCACCUGCGUUAUUUCGGCAACUGGAAAUGCGUCCCCCCCUCGGCUGCGCCUUCUCCCUGAGCACCGGGCUUCGACUGUGAUGCCUUGUUUUUUUUCUCACCGACUCAACUUUCUCAGUUCGAACCGAACGUGCAUAUGCAUAACCACAAACUGCGUACGUGUGUGUGUGUGUGUGUGUGUGAGUUUGUGCGAGUGCAUUAAAAACGGUAUGUGCGUUGAUGUAACUGUUCAUGCUUUGCGGAGCCUGUGACACUGAGUUUUCAGUUUUGUUUUGUUUCGUUUUUUAAGAAUUUAUGCUCUUGGGGACAAAAAUCUAAAAAGGAAGAAGUGUGCUUUUUUUUUUUUUUUCCUACUUUCUGUGCAUUUUUCGUUAUUCGUGAAGAAAACGUCACGUGACAUUCUAUAGCUAACAUCUUUAAAGCUUUAUAUCUGGUGAUUUUAGGUCUAGAAACCAAAAGGAAGAGAAAGAGACGUGGGUUAGAAUCUUAGUCCGAGAAUGACCCGUGACCAUUCAAGUUAUCUAAGGAGUGAAACAGUCAAAAAACUUUUUUUUUUCUCCAAAAUUUCAUAUCGCAGGAAGGAUACCUAUUAAAAUCUCUCACAUACCCGUCCCAAAGCUAACAGAUGAGUCGACAUUGGCUGAGUGGCACCGACGACCUUCGUGCAAAGCUUUCCUUUUAAUUUUCAUGUGGAAAAAGUAAACAAAUGACCCGCAGGACGUCGGCUUUCAUCGUGGUCGAUCGAACGUUGCUCGUCUCUGCUGCGUUUCUUCUCUCUUUGCAAACGGCCAAGUUGAGUCCGUGCGGCACACUUCGGUCUCAUGGUUGAGGUCACACUCGAGCAGAGGGACCCGUGUGGGUGACGUGUCUUCUUUUCGGACCCGCUCGUGAAGACGGCGUGACAAGCAUCCUGCGAAUAUUUGCUCUCAGGACCGGCAAGGAAAGCGAGACGCCGAGUUGGCCGCAGUGGACGUGGCUCUGCCCAGAAACGGGACACCGGCCGACGUCCCUGGAGUCUGUGCUGUCCCCGUGUUUCGAUGCCUUUGCUCCACUCCUGCUUCUGCUUCCUGAGUGUGAACUUUGCUGUCCCAACCCCAAGGGGCUGCCCGUUCCCCGCUGCCUCCGACUCGGCCGGAGAAGCAGAGCUGCCCAAACCCGCUGUGUGUCCACACCCGCGGGGGCCUGUGUGUUUGAGAAGUAGAUCCCAGGGCCUUCGAUGACGACAGGGCUCCGACGUGGAGAGCUGCCGUUUGAGGAACUCCUGCUUUUUUAUUAAAAAAAAUAAAUAAAUAGAAACAUGUCAAAGGAAUGCAUUCACCUAUGAGAUCCGGCCGGGUUCCACUGACGAAUGACCAGGCAAAGGCACUGUGUGUUUGAGAACGAAAAUGACCAGAACUCACACCCACAAAAGCUUUAAAGCACAAUGACGUCCAAGAGCAGAAUCGUCCCUCCCUCUCAUCCACGACCGAGUCUUCAGGUGGAAAGAGACUCGGGAGCGGAGCGUGAGCACGGAAUGCCGCGAAAUAAACCGUUUACCGGGAGUGACUCAGUGAGAAGCCAUCUCCAAAGGGCGCGCUGCACACGUGUCCCCACAGAACCGUGUUCUCAGCCUGUCCUCGGCCACCGUCCUGUCUGAUGGGAGCAGAAGGCCACGGCCGGCUAAAACUUGAGCAGCUUCUGAACUGUUUUGUCACUAACCGUUAGCUUACACCGACAAAGUGACUUCGCACUGAGAUGUGGGCGUAGAAACAAAAUCCUAUGUCAUGACUCCUGACUAUAAAGUAAAUAAUAAUAAUAAUUACUGUUAUGUUACAGCCUUCUGCUCUAAAAAAAAAAAAAAAGAAACACCAUCCUCAAACAUGAAAAAAAAUUCUA